GAUUCGAACGGCGAUCAUAUCGUUGGAUUCAGUCUGGUUUUGUGCGUCAACCAUUGCAAAUUCACAUCUCUUAAUUUUCCGCUUGUUGAAUUCGGGGCUAUGUGACAAGAGCACACACAGCACAGCUGCACGUGCAUAUAAUCAUUUAAACGAAAACCGCGCACUACAAAAUAUAUCUAAACUUAAUACUCUCAAGUGAUAUUAUUGCAUAUUCAGAUAUUCAUUUCGUUUGAAAACUGUAACAGACACAGAAUAAUUUACAUUGACCGUGUUUGCAUUAUUUUCGGUGUUAUAAGUUAUAUAUAUUAUCAUUGUUCAUAUUGAUAACAGUGAUCGAGAGUGAUAUAACAAUGAUGAUGACGAUGCAUUAAAUAUUUGACAAAAAGAAAGUGAAGUAAAAAUAUUAAAAUAGCAUCAAAAACGAAAAAUCGAAAUUUAAAAAAAAAAUCAUUUGACAUUUUUCACUCUUCGACGAAUGAAAGUGAAACCAGAAAUUAAAAUAGUGACUCAGAAAUUUUGUUUUUGAUCGGUAGCUCAUUUUUUUACAUUGCAUUUUUGACCGGUAUUACGACGCAUCGAACAAUGGAUUUAAAAUUUGUUACAACUUUUUGCAUGCUAUUGAUUAUGAUAGAGUGCUCAAAUGUGAUCGAUGCGAGAAAAUAUCCACAUGAAAGCAACGCCAUUCAUUUUCGACCGAAACGAGCUAGCUCCGACUUUUUAGGAAAAAUCAAAAGCUCAAUCACGUCAUCGAUAGGAAAAGCAUCGGCUUCAUCGGCUGGAGCAUCGUCUGGAACAUCAUCAUCAAAGACUUUUGCACAUGAAAAACCGCCAGUGGAAAAGGAAAUUCACUUUGAUGGAUGGGAGCUGAAGAAGAACAUAUUGAAUACAUUAUUCCAAGCAGUGAAAGCGAUAACCGGAGGCGUAACAGCAAUUAAGGGUCAAUUGAUCAAAGGCAGUGGAUAUGCUUUAAGUAGUGGUGGCAAGUUAAUCGCCGCAUCUGGAGAUGCUGUAACGAAUGUUGGUAAAAAAAUUGCAUUGUCAGCAAAAUUGUUGCCGCCAGAACAUAAACCUCAUUAUAACAAAUUCUUUGCAUCAUCUGGACAUGGUGGUCAUCCACAUGAAGAUUUCACAAGCUAUGGUCAUGAUGAACUAGUAGAGUAUGCUCAGCCACAUGAAAUAACUGGUUAUGCACCAGAACCUCAAAUCCCAUAUUUACCGGUAGACGUUGCCUAUGACAAUCAUUAUAUACCGCCAGUUGCUCACGCUCACUAUGGACCGCCACCGCUUCUUGAAACCCCUCAUUCGCACAUUACGAAUUACAUAAGCACAGAUAGAAAAGAACAAGAGCAACACUACGUAAAACAUGACGGAACGGCUGGACUUGAGACAGACAACGAACUCACGACACAAGAUGCUAAUCAAAAAGCGAUCGAAGCAUUACAACUUCUUUUACGAAAACUACCGAAUAAAUUACCACUUAAAGACAAUUCGAUACAAACAAUUGACGAUGACAAUAUCAUACCAGAUUCAAAAUUAACACAACACAUUACACAAUACAAUAUACCCAAUGAUCCAAAUGUCUAUAUUCCAAAAUUUAAACCGAUCAAAUCAUCGGUCACAUCCACAUAUACAUUUCAGCUCGGGCCAUUUGAACAGAUCACAAAAGAUACCUAUGGUGGUCCCAGCAAUAAUGUUGGACAUAAUCACGGUUUGCAUAUUGAAAAGCACAACAAUGCACCUGGACCUGGAGUGCACGCGCAUCUCGUACCACCAUCAAUCGACUCAAUACCAACGACAUUUAAAUCACAUCCAACACUAUCACAGCACAGCCAUAGUCAUACAUUUGACGCACAACCAUUGGAUUUAUAUCACACAAUGACACGAAAAAAUGUAGAAACCAUUCAUAUGAAUCAUCCAAAAGUAUCAUUACCAUACUUACCACCACAAAAACGACAAAUUCCAUCAAAUCCACAUCAAUUUGAAAUCCAAAAAUCUAUUCAAUAUCAAUUACACUGAUUGUUGUCACCAAAUUCAUCUAAAUGAAGUUAAAGCUUUGAAAUGAAUGAGUUUGUUUUUAUGUGCCGAAUGAAUGAUCUAAGCAUUUUUUUUUUCGUUUCUAAGAGAAAGCAUAGUAUAGGUGUAAGUGUAGUAUUAUUUAUCACCAUGUGUAAUUUUACGCAAAUAGUCUAAAAAGGAAUUCUUUUAAAUUGUUUUUGUCCAUUGAUCAUCGGUUUAAACAAAAAAAAAAA